UUUUUACCCUAAAUUUUGUGGUUGUGUUUGAACUUUUAGUUUGAGUUUGUACGUUUUUUGUCGCUCUAUAAAUUGUUGUGUGUUUUAUUUUUUACAAUAAAAAAAGUGUGAGACACAUAAUUGUUUCAAAAAAUAUAAGAUAGAAAAAAAUAAAUAAAAAAAGGAACUAUGAUGAUGUUGCAUGCUUUAAUAAUUUCAUUUCGUUUAAAUUCGAUUUUAUUUUAAACGAUGGAUCGUCGUGCUUUAAAAGUUUAUCCAAGAAGAACUACGGCUACAAGAGAAAGUGAAAACUCAACAACAACUGGAAACAGCACAUAUCUGCCUACACAACCUCUAAAGGAUAAUUCAAAUAUACGAAUAAUUAAAUUCAAUGCUGAACAAGCGCACUUAAACGAACAGAAACAACAAAUAACAACUUUUACAAACGGUAACAAUAACAACAACAGCAACCACUCUAGUGCAACAUACUUGACUCAUUCAAAAGUUUCCAACUCCCACCCAUCUACAAACGUUAACGGCAGUCCUAAAGUAUCUCCUAAUAACACCAGUGCACCAGCAUCUGGUGGUGGUAACGAACGACCGCUUAAGUGUUUAGAAACUUUAGCACAAAAGGCGGGCAUAACAUUUGACGAAAAAUACGAUUUUGCUCCCUCGUCAGUAGCAGCCACCAACACAACAACUUCGGUGUCACAGUCAGCCUCAACACCACCACCAAAUUCUCAGUCUCAUUUUCAAGCGAAUAAAUCUACAACUAAUAUAUAUACAUUUGCUAACGGCUCCAACAAAAGCUUCACGCUGGAGAAGUCACAGAGUCCAGCCCAACAGGUGGCACCUGGCACGGUGCCACUACAAAUAUCGCCAGAACAAUUGCAACAGUUACAACAGUAUCAUCAAUUGCAACAUGGUUCGCCAUUUGCUGCCAUCCAAGUUAAACAAGAAUUUCCCACACAGCAACACACGUUGGCAGGUCACGGAGGCUCUACUACUGAAAUCAAACAUCCCAGCCUUCUAGAUGGUCAAUUGCAACAGAUGCAAAUGCAAUUGGCUCAAGCGGCAGCCGAUGCAAAUGGAGGCGCCGGACAAAAUAGCCCGGCCACACAGCACACACCCACUAGUGCUGCAGCUGUGGCUGCCAUGCAGCAACAACAUUCGACCACCAUUAGCACAAUGUCACCCAUGCAAUUAGCCACAGGCCAAGUAACGGCCACGGGUGAUUGGACUCAAGGUCGUACCGUACAGCUAAUGCAACCGUCCACAGGAUUCAUAUAUCCACAAAUGUUGGUGCCCGGCAAUCUCAUACAAUCGGGUCUGGGUCAGCAACCCAUUCAAGUUAUAGCUGCUGGCAAGCCAUUUCAAUCGGGCGGUCCUCAAAUGAUUGCCACUACACAAAACACAAAGCAAAUGGCCAUUGGGGGCAAUACGGGGUUCCCUAGUGGUACCACCUACGCCAUACCCUCCAGCCAAUCUCCACAGACUUUGCUUUUCUCUCCGGUCAAUGUCAUAUCACAAUCUCAACAACAGCAGCAACAAAACAUUCUCCAAGCAAUGACAGCCGCUGCUAAUGCCCAGCAACAACAGCAGCAGCAGCAGCAACAACAACAACAAAAAGGUGCAGUGGAUGCUCAGAAGAAUCUACAGCAAAAAGUCGUACAAAAAGUAACCACCACAACGAAUAAUGUACAGUCGUCAGCCGGGGCAGCAGCUGCUGCCCAACAGCAACAACAACAGGCCACCCAACAAUGUGUACAGGUCAAUGCACAAACUGGAGCUCUUUCAGCUGGCACCACCCAAAUUAUUAGUCCCCUGCAACAGGCUACGGGCCAACCACAGCCGUUGCAAAUUAACGCCACACCUUGGGUACAAAGUGUGCCCUUCUGGUCAAACGGUUUGCAACAACUCACGCAAAAUCCCCCUAUUAUAAUAAGAGGCACACAGGCGGAUGGUACUCCGGGAGUAUUCAUACAACAACCCAGUGGACAAACACUGCAGACUCAACAACCAAAUCAAAUAACCCUGCAAUGUAAUGUCACACAAACUCCCACAAAGCCACGUACCCAGUUGGAGCAAUUGGCUGCUGCUAAGCAACAACAGCAGCAGCAAACGGGACAAACUCACUCCCAGCAGGUAGUGCAACAACAGUCCACACAAUUGCAAGUUCAACAGCAGCAACAACAACAGGCCAAUAAUGUCCAGCAGCAACAACAACAAGCUGUUGUCCAGGCUCAUCUGCAGCAACAAGCAGCUGCUGCCGUUGCCGCUGCAAACCAACAACGUGGUCAGACACAAAUUCUACCCCAAGCUGGUGGUGCCCAAAUACGCCCAGCUUCAUCAGUAUCCACACAAACAGCUCAAAAUCAAAGUUUACUUAAACAAAAGAUGCGCACAAAGCAGCCAGCUGUACGUCCUGCUCUGCCGGCCAUGAAGACUGAACCCCAAACUGUGCAACAGGUGCAGCAGCAGCAACAACAACAGCAAGUGACUAAAACCACUACUGUGGCAGGGCUGCAGCAGCAAAUAACAUCUAACGUUGCAACACAACAGCAACAGGGUCAACCGACCAUGCACAAAAUGGUGGUUAUGAGUGCUGGCACCCCAAUCACUAUACAGAAUGGUCAAACUUUUCAGCAGGCUGUUGAUAAGCAGCAACAGCAGCAACAAUUACAAUUGCAACAAAUACAAAAGCAACAACAGCAGUAUUUGCAGCAGCAAUUGAUUCAACAACAAUUUGCUCAAAUUCAGUUGCAGCAACAGCAGGCUGCAGUUCAUCAACAGCAGCAACAACUGCAACAAGUUGUGGCAGCUCAACAACAGCAACAACAGCAGCAGCAACAGCAAGUAGGACAAGCCCAACAACAACAACCGCAAAUUCAAUUGCAAGUUGGUCCUCAAGGCUUUAUUACGGCCCAGCAGCAGCAACAGCUACAAAAUCAAUUGUUGCAACAACAACAACAAUUACAACAGCAGCAGCGAGACCAACAACAGUCUCAAAAUAUUAUACAUCAAAUUGUGGUACAACAAUCGCCGCAACAGCAGCAGCAACAACAACAGCAAACACAGCAGUUGCAACAGCAAAUAACUGCUGUGCCAUUUUCAGUUUCUUCCUCGACGCCAGCUUCUAUAGCAACAUCACAAGGCUUACAGCAACAUGUGACGUAUCAAACGAAAACAUCUAAUUCACUGCCCACCACUUCAGUGGUGACAAUAUCUAACCAGACAGGUCCUUUAGUUACCAGUACGGUGGGCCUUAAUCAAGCAACCGCACAAUUACAGCAGCAACAGUUGCAACAACAGAUAGCUGCUACUAUAGCAGCCUCUCAGCAGCAGCAACAACAACAUCAGCAGCAACAAUUGCAGCAGGCUCAACAUUUAGUAGCUGUUGCACAACAACAGCAGCAACAACAGCAGCAACAACAACAGCAACAACAACAGCAGCAACAACAACAGCAGCAGCAACAACAGCAGCAACAACAACAGCAGCAACAACAGCAGCAGCAGCAACAACAACAGCAGCAAUCUACAGUUAUGCCACCUCCUUCAUCGCCAGCACAAAAUCCAAUUUUAGCUAUGGCUUCCAUGAUGAAUGCAGCCGCUGGAGGCAACCUUACCGGAAACUCCUCUCUAACCACAGCAGUUGCGAUGACUUCGCCCAUGGGCAACGCCACAACAACGAACGUUUCUUCAUUGCCCGCCACACCCACGAAAACAGCCAUGGAACAAUUAAAAACUGUUUCUAGUGCACCCAGCACUCCAUCUACCGGCAACAUUAAUGUAAAUCCUGCAGCAUCUGCACCCUCAACUCCUGUACAUUUGGCAACAGUCGAACAACCCUCAAAGGAUACACCGACAAAAUCCAAUGAUAAAACUUUUGAAGCUUCCACCACCACAACUGCAGGAGCGAUGACCAGCACACCUACUACCCUCUCCACUACUGCCUCUAGUAACAGUGCAACAUCUCAGCAACAGCAUUCGCCAACCGUUACAGCUUCCAAUCAAACUGCCCCAACAACCGCAGAAACCCCACAAAUGGCUGUACAACCCAUGGACACCACAGAAUCCCAUAACGAAUCUGUGUCAUCUGUAGCCAGCAAACAAUCUAAUACUAGUGCUGUGGCAUCGACCACUCAAACAUCUUCAGAUAGUAUUAAUUCAUCGCCUUCCAAAUCCCAAAAAUCUUCCAACAGCCAACAAGGCAGUGUUUCAAAUGAAAGCGAAAAAUCGUCAGCACAAAUUUCAUCAGUUGUUUCCUCUUCACCCGAAGAAACAACUCAACCGUCAUCAUGUUUGCCAGCCGUUAGCACUACUUCCUCGACCACUUGUACCACAUCCAUUACUACUACUUCUUCUAGCACCACCACUUCGAGUACGUUUAGCACUUCCACUACAACUAGUACAACAGCUAAUAGUAACACUCCUAUUGCUACUAAGACAAGUGGUCCACCACCAAAGUCGACACCUGGUGCUACGAUUGUUAAGGUUGAAAAGGAUCUGCCGAAAGCCAUGAUCAAACCUAAUGUUUUGACUCACGUCAUUGAUGGUUUUAUUAUACAGGAAGCGAACGAGCCAUUCCCAGUUACAAGAAAACGUUACACGGAUAAGGAUGACAGUGAUGAAUUACCACAAAAGAAACAAGCUUUGGAUGAUGCCUCCAAUAAUACAAACAACAACAAUAAUUUGUCGACGAGUCCAUUACCAGCCGAUAUGGUGGCAUGUGAACAGUGUGGCAAACCAGAACAUAAAACGAAAUUGAAAAAGAAACGUUUCUGUUCACCGGCAUGUGCACGCCAGGCUAAAGCUUCGAUUGGUGAGCAGGUUGCACAAGCUCAACAGCUACAGCAGCAGCAACAGCUACAUCAACAACAACAACAAUCAGCUGAAUCAAUGAACAGUUCAAACAUUACACAUAAUGACACCAACAACACCAGCCAACUAAACAAUAGCAUUAAUAUGGAUAUCGGUAAUACAAUAACCCAUACAACACCCAUGGUGGCAGUGGGAGCUGGACUUGUGGAUAGAAUGCAAACCGAUAAUAGUGCAAUAAUGCAAAAUCUAGCGCCAAUUGUAACAACAGCAUCCCAAAUGCAACAGGCGUCUCCCAUAUCAUCAGCCGCCAUUAUGUCAGCAGUAGUAAAUGAAACAGCUCCCUUAGCUCCAGUGGUAGCUGUGGCUGCUGCACCCGCUGUAGAACAGCAGCCACAGAUGGCCAACUGGACGGUGUCGGAUGUGUGCGAAUUCAUUAAGAAUCUUCCUGGUUGCAGUGAUUACGUUGAUGAUUUUGAGCAACAAGAAAUCGAUGGCCAGGCCUUAUUGUUGCUCAAGGAAAAUCACUUGGUGAAUGCAAUGGGAAUGAAAUUGGGACCGGCUCUCAAAAUAGUAGCCAAAGUUGAAUCUAUGAAAGAAGUAUCAGCCGCAGCAUUAAAUGCUGCCAACAAUGCGAUGGAGAGCAGUAAUACCAACUCCUCACAAUAAAGAAACUACUGCAAGAGCAAAACAAAAUUUCAAAUUGUAAAUAAUUGUUUGUUUACCUUUUAAAAUAAUAAUAAACUAAACGGAAAAAGUAUGAUUUAAAAAGGCUGUAUUAUAUAAAAAACACUAAAUUUAAACCUAAAAAAUGCUGACAAAAUUCAAAACUAUUUUGCUUACAUCUAAAACAAACAAAAAGCAAAUAAAAUUAAAAAAUAUAUAUAAAAAUUUAAAUUACUCCUGUAUAUAAUAGUUAAGGUUAAAUGAAACAGACAGACAAAUUGUGUGUUUUCUUAAAUAUGUAUCUACUUUAUAUUCGUACUACACUAAUAAAAACAAUUAAAAUUCUGAAUGUAACUGAAAUUUACUAAUAAUUGUACGAAUUAAACAUUUGAAUCUUCAUAAUUUUUUAACUUCUUUCAUAAGUAUUUAUUUUAAUUUUAUAAAAAAAGCUAAAAAACAUCUUAAAGAUAAAUUUAUAAAUAAUAAUAAUACCAAUACCCAUAUACACAAUUAAACAUAUACAUGUUACAUAAGUGUAUUAAUGUAUUCGAUUUGAUUUAAUUUGAUGAUAUUAAAUAUUUUUUAACAUUAUAUAGUUUGAUUUUUUUCCUUUAUGAUUUUAUAAAUAUAUAUAU